CCUGCCGGCCUGAGCUGAUCAACACGCUCAGACUCAGCUAGCUAACAUACAGGCAGGCCAUCAGGAGGAGCCAGGGGGAAGAAACAACCAGCGCAUAUAUCCCCCUCGCUCCCUCCCUCCCGCCGGCAGCUGACCUGAGCUGAGCCACCGUUCGACCAACUCGCCUCUACAAGACAGAGCAUCCCCACCGCCCGGAUCUCUUCUUCAUCAUCUCCCUCUCCGCUCUUUGAAUCGCUCACCACCGCCAUGGCUAAGCAGCAGAAGAACGCGCACGUCCCGAAGUUCGGCAACUGGGACAACGACGGCAACGUCCCCUACACGCUCUACUUCGACAACGCGCGCAAGGGCAAGGGCGGCAAGCCCAUCAACCCCAACGACCCCGUAGAGAACCCCGAGGCCUUCUCCUCCUCCGUCGUCGCGCCGUCGCCGAACCGCUCCUUCGACCAGGGCAGGCCGGCUCUCCCUCCUGCCUCCCCGCCUCCCGCUCACCACCACGAGCGCCGGCCCAGCGACGCGCCGGCGGCCGCCCCGCCGCUGUCCCCGUACCACCGCAACGCCGGUGGCGAGCCGCCAAGAAGAGGCCCUGGCGGCGGACGGGCAGGCGGAGGCGGGUACAGCGUGGAGCAGUCGCCGGCGCCGUCCCCGCUGCACCCGUACGGUCAGUCGAGGGCCGAGUACUCCGAUGGCAGCGGCUACGGCCUCGUGGCCAACUCCGUCGACCGGUCCCGUGCCAGGGGCGCCUCCCGCGGCAACGAAACGCCGACGAGGGGUUCCGCGGUGCCCAAGUUCGGCGACUGGGACUCCAACCCGGCGUCGGCGGACGGCUACACGCACAUCUUCAACAAGGUGAGGGAGGAGAAGAGCACCCAGGCCAAGGCACCGGGGUUCGGCAAGGACAACGUCGCCUAUGGCAACGGCGCCAGGCAGCACGACGACGGCUACGUCUCCUCGAGUCGCUGGUGCUUUGGGUGGUGCAAGUAGGAGUGGUUCGACAGAUGAUGGAGAAAAGUAAGCAAGGAUCUUUGGGAAUGUAAAUUGUGUGAAAUUAAGAAGGUUUUUGCCAUUGAUUCAACUUCCAACUUCUGUAAUCCCACUUUUUGGGACAUUAUUUGGCAUUGGGCACUGAGCAGAGUUCAUAUUCUUUUGAUUGUGAAAUAUACUCCUACUAUUUCUUUCUGAUGUGGAAUGUAGAGUUCAGCCAUGGUUGUUGUAAUGAUAGAAUUCUGUUGCGGGGCUUGUAGUGCAAUACUGGGUACUGAGUACCUUUAAUUCAAUUUCGGAUUGCAGAUAGUUUCUAUUU